AUGGCAAACUACCAGCCUUUAGAGCUUAUAAAAUUUCCUAAAAAGCCUACCUCAGAAACUGCAGAACAAAAGUAUUGGAAGUCGUUUCGUAAUGUUCUGCUUCGCCAGGACCACGCUGCUAUUGUAAAUGUAGCAAGCUCUUCAGAUUUUUACACAUGCACAUCAUCUAAUUCAGUCAGAUUUUUUAAUUACCAAAAUUCUCAUGAAUUUUCAAUAUCGAGGUUCCGCACUUUGGCUCUGGGUGGGUGCUUUAGAAACGAUGGUGAACUUUUCACUGCAGGAGAUAUUGAAGGUAAAGUCUCAAUUUUUCAGGUAUUUUCAAUAAAUUUAAUUUAUCUUUAAAAAAAAUAUAGAUUAUUUCAAAAUUAAUUUGGAAAAUUCAGAGAGAAUGGGUAUAAAAUACAAAAACCUUAUUGAGGAAUUAUAAGCAUCCAAAGCCUGCUUAUGCGAUGACUUUUUGGGGUGAUGGAAACUUUAUUACAGGCUGUGACGAUGGGAAUGUAAGAUUAUGGGAUUUAUCCCAAAACAAAGAAUUAGAAGCCUGGCAAGGCCACAAUGAUUAUGUCAGAGCUAUAGGAACCGUAGGGGAGCUAGCUAUCAGUGGUGGCAUGGACGGCAUAAUCAAGCUAUGGGACAAGCGCAUCGGGAUGGUCAAAGAAUUCAACCACAAUGCCCCUGUUUCUGCAGUGCUUGGCAUUAAUGACUUUUUAAUCACAGCUGGCCAUACAAACUAUAAAGUCUGGGACUUAAACCAAAAUAAAUUAUAUUUUUUUUUAAAAAUCAAAAAAAUUAAUAUUUUUUUUGAUUAAUAAAAAAAUAAACCAAAACAAAUUACUACACACUUAUAGCACACAUAGUAAAAAUAUUACCUCAAUCUCAACAGAUUCACACAAUACAAGACUAAUUACAUCCAGCUUAGACGGCUCUGUCAAAAUCCACAAUUUGAAGGAUUUUACAGUAGGACAUACAAUAAAAUACCCCAGCCCAGUCUUAUCUGCCAAAGUAACCAAUGAAAAUUCCCAUCUAGUUGUUGGGAUGGCUGAUGGAAAACUUUCUGUAAGGCAGCACAAAAAUGCAAAACCAAAGCGAAAAAAGAAAAUCGAAGAAACUGACCAGAUUUAUUUAGAAAAAUGGGAAGAAUACAGAAAAACAGCCCCAACAGAGACAGUAAAGGAUUAUAAGUAUUUUAAUAGAGGAGUUUAUAGCAAGCCAGACGGCAAUGAAAUACAAAUUGAAGGGCAAAUAAAAAAGAAGCUAAAGGAGUAUGACGUCCUGCUAAAGAAAUUCAGAUAUUCAGAAGUGAUAGAUUUGGCUUUUGAGUUAGACAGACCUGAGCUAAUUAUAACGAUUAUUCAGGAAUUAGAACAAAGAGAUGGGCUAAUUGCAGCGCUAAAGCAGAGGGAGCCACAAGAUAUCGCAAAGAUUAUUGCUUGGGUGGCUGAAAAAGUGAAUAAUCCCAAAUACUCUCAUGUGGUCAUUCCGCUGGCUAAUAUUGUUGUGGAUAUGUAUUCUGCUGUUUCUUUGAUAAACCCUGAAGUGAAAAAAGAACUGGAAGAGUUGAGAGAAGCGGCUGCGGAGGAAUACAAAUUAAAGGCUGAGAGUUUGGAAGUGAUUGGAAUGAUUGAUUAUUUAAUAAAUGAUUAA